UCCAUUCGUGUUAGUUCGUCGCUUCUGCUCGGCGGACUUUGCGCGACGUAAGCGGGUGUGUGCGAAAGUAUGAAGUGAAAUCGUACCUAGUGUGUGAAAUGUUUAGUGGUAGUUUUUACUGUGUUAAAUUUGUGCGAACAAAAUGAGUGCAAACGGAUAGUCGACUUUCUUAUUUCCCGGAUUUAUAAACAUUGGACGAUAGUGGAACACGUAACAUUUUGUAGAAACGGAUUCAAAAUGGCUGUGUUUUGAUGGACCCUUUGUCCGAUUCGUGUGUUUCUUUCAGCAUGGUAGUGGGAUCCUACAGUCAGAAAUUUAACUUAGAGAGGGAAUGCAUGUCAUGUACCCGGACCCGACGCACUAUCGCAAUCAGCCAGCCAGCCAGCCCUCGUACCAGCCGGCCGCGUCGCCGGCCCGCCACCAGCCUAAGAAGCGCCGCGCGCUGAGCCCAGUCUCGCGACACGCGGGUCCCGAUAACACUGGCUACAAGAGCAAGUGUUGGUCAGGCGUAGGGCCGGUCUGCUGCGCCGCGCCCGCCGCGCCGAGUCGCGCGUGCGAUGCUGAGCGGUCCCCUCCGCCCGCGCUGCCGCCCGCUCCGCCCGUGCUCUGCGCACGACCGUGCUGUCGCGACGCGCCUGUCGGCGACACCAGCGACCAGCGUCGCGCCCCGCCGGCCGCCGGCGCGGCCGCUCGCCACAAGACGGCGCCACAGGCAACGACGACGGCCCACAGCAAGACAGCGGCGGGCGGGGCCAACCACCCGCCCCAGCCGCAAGGUAACAAACGUUCUGGCUGUGGCGGCGAUGGCGACUACCAGCUGGUGCAGCACGAGGUGCUCUACUCCUCGUCCAAUAGGUACGAGGUGUUGGAGUUCCUCGGGCGAGGCACGUUCGGGCAGGUGGUGAAGUGCUGGAAGAAGGGCACCAAUGAAAUAGUCGCCAUCAAGAUCCUUAAGAACCACCCCAGCUAUGCUCGCCAAGGACAGAUUGAGGUGUCGAUCCUCUCCCGGCUCUCUCAAGAGUCCGCGGACGAGUUCAACUUCGUCCGCGCGUACGAGUGCUUCCAGCACCGCUCGCACACGUGCCUCGUGUUCGAGAUGCUGGAGCAGAACCUGUACGACUUCCUCAAGCAGAACAAGUUCAGCCCGCUGCCGCUCAAGUACAUCCGGCCCAUCUUGCAGCAGGUGCUCACCGCGCUGCUCAAACUGAAGCAACUAGGGUUGAUCCACGCGGACCUGAAGCCCGAGAACAUCAUGCUGGUGGAGCCGGCGCGGCAGCCCUACAGGGUCAAGGUCAUCGACUUUGGCAGCGCCUCGCACGUCAGCAAGGCCGUCUGCAACACCUACCUGCAGAGUCGAUACUACAGAGCUCCCGAGAUCAUCCUGGGCCUAGCGUUCUGCGAGGCGAUUGACAUGUGGUCGCUGGGCUGCGUGGUGGCGGAGCUGUUCCUGGGCUGGCCGCUGUACCCCGGCUCCUCAGAGUACGACCAGAUCCGCUACAUCUCGCAGACGCAGGGCCUGCCCACCGAGCACAUGCUCAACAGUGCGUCAAAAACGGCCAAGUUCUUUUACCGCGACGUGGACAGCACGUACCCGUUCUGGAGGCUGAAGACGCCCGAGGAGCACGAGCUGGAAACCGGCAUCAAGAGCAAGGAGGCCAGGAAGUACAUCUUCAACUGCCUCGACGACAUCGGACAGGUUAAUGUACCAACGGAUCUAGAAGGCGGCCAACUCUUGGCCGAGAAGGCGGACAGAAGGGAAUUCAUCGAUUUACUCAAGAGAAUGCUCACUAUGGAUCAGGAACGAAGGAUAACUCCAGGCGAGGCGUUGAAUCACGCCUUCGUGACACUGGCGCACCUUGUGGACUACGCACAUUGCAACAACGUCAAGGCGUCCGUGCAGAUGAUGGAGGUGUGCCGGCGGUCCGGCAGCGGCGUGGGCGGCGUGGGCGUGGGCGUGGGGGUGGGGGUGGGAGUGGGAGGCGAGUACGUGGGCGGCGUGGUGGCGCCCGCCGCCGCUCCCUCCGCGCACCACCUGGCGCUCACCAUCAACCAGCAGCGCCUGCCACCGCAGCCCUACGACAACCUGUACCAGCUAUAUCAAGGUGGACGCGUGGCAGUGGGCGGUGCGCGACAAUAUGCGACGAGAGCUGCGGAACCCUUUCCGCACCAAUUUGUGUCAUCCAUCCUGUGUCCACCCGCCUAUCAGGUGCAGCAACUAGCUGCAGCGGCAGCAGCGGCAGCCGCGGCGCACCACCAGCACGGCGUGGGCGUGGGCGUGGGCGGCGUGGGCGUGGGCGACGUGGGCGUGGGCGUGGGCGAGUGGCGCGCGCCGCUCAUCGUGGAGCCCGCGCCGCUGCCCGAGCCCGACGUCUGGGACUUCCAUCCGCACCACCUGCACCACCAUCCGCACAAGAGAUCGACAAAGCAGCAGACGAGCGCGGUGGCCCACUACCAGCCGCAUCACCAAACACACCAAUACAGUAUGGCGAGCAGUGGGGGCAAGAAGGAGCCGACUCAGCUGUCGCCCGUGAAGAAGCGAGUGAAGGAAGGCACGCCGCCGUCGCGGCACAACAGGCAUACGCACGAACAUGCCGGCGCCGGCGCGGCGGGCGCGGGUGGGGGUGGGGGAGGGGGAGGGGGAGCGGUGGCGGCGCCGGCGCACACCAUCACCAUCCGCGACACGCCGUCGCCCGCCGUCUCCGUCAUCACCAUCUCCGACUCCGACGACGACGAGCCGCCGCCGUCCCGCGCCCACCAGCACCCCCACCAACACCCCCACCAAAACGCCAUGCCCCACAACAGAGCGGGCGGCAGCGGGCAAUGUCCCCCGGCGUCGGCGUCGGCGGCGACGGCGGCGGCGCCCGGCGUCAUCUGCAGCGCGCGCUCGCCGCGGGACGACCCUCACGUCAAGCCCGAGCCGCCCUGCCACCACCAUCACACGCAACCGUCGGCCCCGGCGGUCCCGGCGGCGGCGGCGGCGGCGGCGGCGCGCGCGCAGGCCACGCCCCAGAGCCAGAAGAAGCGGCUCCUGGCGCUCGCGCAGCAGGAGGCGCACAAGCACGACCCGCCGCCACCCGACCACCACCAUUACCAGCAGACUGGUACCGCCCUCCGGCCCACGAACGAGUACCAGUGCAACCAGUACGUGCCCACGCAGCACAACAAGAGAGAUAGUACGGGCGGCUGCCGCGAGUACACAAGCGGAGCGGCGGUGACGGCGGCGGCGGGCGCGCCGCCCGCGCACAAGCAGCACGCGCACGCGCACGCGCCGCACGCCGCGCACCACGCCACGCACGCCACGCACGCCUGGCACCACCACCCGCACAACCACUACAAAACUGGUAGCGGAGGCGUCCUGUCGCCGGCGGGAGGAGUAUCUCCUGGCUACUUACCACCGCCGCUCUACGUGCCCACUUAUCAUUAUCACACCGGUGGCGUCGGCGGCGUGGGUGCAGUGGGUGCCGUGGGAGCCGUGGGCGCCGUGGGCGGGCCGCCGCCGCCCGCGCACCACGCGAGCGCGCGCCUGCCCGCCUACCUGCAGCCCUACUCGCCCACCUACCUGGUGCCGCAGCACCCCAACCAGCACCUCUGGUACACCGACUGAGCCCGACCCGAGCCCGACUAACAUGCAAACCGAGACGCUCCGAGCGAGAUCGCCGCGAGACUGUGGACCCGCGGCGAAAAUAUAACACCGCUCCGCGAUCGGCUCGAGUGUGUCGCGGAGCGGACCCGACGUUGGCUCCGCGUACCCGAUAAAAAUGCGGGGCCGAGCGGAGAAUAUUUCUAUAUUCCUAGAGCUUUACGUGUUGGCUGUACUUUCUUAAAAUUGAAUAUUGAAGUCGAUUUUUAAGCUCGCGAUUGACGAAUCAGACAUUAAGUUUUUAUUUAAAAAAAAAAGUUUUUAUAAUCAUGCUGAAUUAUCAAUUUGUUUAUAAAUCAUCAUAUAAUUUGAAAUUAUAAUCGGUUCCACCUGCGGGGGAAGUGACGACCUUCCUGUUAUCGUGAGUUGUGACGAUAAUCCCUUUAACUGUAGGUAUUGACUUUGCCGAUUUAUAAAAUUCGCGACUGUUGUGCGCUUGUAAUAUGUUCGAUGUUUGGGACCGGGUGUAUUCGAUAUUUCGGUUCGAGUAGAAGUAUAUUAAUUAAUGGCGGAGACCUGUUUGACGUAGAUGUAUUGCUGUAUUGAUUUAUUUUGUAACGAUUAUGUUUACUCGUGUACGCGCUAGGCGGUAGUGAUAUAUAGACUCGUUUGUUUAUCGCUGUAUAAUAUGGAUUGUAAAUUUUGCGUUAUUUUUUUUUACUAAGAUUUUGCGGUUAAGCGGAGAGUAGGUUGCAUUUACUAAUAUUUUUACUGUAGACGUUUAGUUGUUUGUACCAAAUGUUUAUAAUGGAAGAUGUAUUCGUGAUUUAGGGCCCUGUCCCUUGGAUCCGCUUCGGAGGAAGCGGUUCUCGACUCGACUGUACUUUAGUUUUACGUGACGGUGGUAUUGUCAAUUAUGGUUUGAUUUGAAAUUAAAGCAGUAGCGAUGGGUGUUUCGUUACGUUCCAUAUCACGUAGUCGCGAGACAUGUACGCUGUUCACUGCUGUAUUCAUAUUAAUGGGAUUUUAUAAUUAUUGUGUAGAUAUUUACGUGUGGGCGCGGUGAUGGACUACUUGUAUAGCGUUAGAUACAUAAAACGAAAUUAAAAUUAUCUAAGAAUUUUAUAUUAAAAAAAACUUUCGUACGCACUAAUAGGUUAACUAUAAGUGUUAUAUGCAUGUAUAAAUCACCUUAGAUAGAAGAAAAAUUAACAAUUCUUUAAUAUGAAAAAAAAAAGUCUAAUGAAAUUAUUUUACGACUGCAAUCUUAGUUUAUUUGGAUAGUUUAGUGAUGCUUAUUCGAUUGCGCUAUAUCAAAAGACUGGGUAUUUCAGUUUUGCACAUAUUACAAUGUACACUGCGUCUGGUCGGGUCCCAUUAUUUUUAUCACUAGUUUUAAUUCCCGUGUUCCUUUUCUGUAGUGAGGUUCGCUCGUUUUGGGCCCACAUGGUUGAUGGAACUGAAACGAGCGUUCUGCUGUCGGCGUCGGCCGGGCAGCAAUUAUAUUAGUCAUAUCGUACAAGUUUCGUAUUAGCGUUCGAAUCGGCCCGGCCGCAUGGCAUAUUAUCGCUUAUUAGUCGUAUAUUUUUUUAGAUUUUAGCCUAAGUUUUAUUUACAUUAAUAAUCAAUUCUAAUCGAGGUUUCUUAUUUUACUGUAUUUUAAGUUCGGUCAUUGUGUUAUCCAACAUAUUUAUUUCGUGACGAAACUACAAUGUCUAUAUUGUAUUUAGGUGGUUUAAGUUGCUGCCCGACAAUAAUGAUUAUGAUUAGUUUUAUAUUCUUACGGUUGUAGUUGCUAUGAUAAACGCGAUAUUUUUUAUUUUAAACAUUAAUGACAUUUGCACCCGGCGUGCGUUGCACCUCGACCUCGACGUCCACAAGUUUAACUUCAGAGGAGUCUGAUAUUGUUACCUCAACGUUUUAUAGACUGCUUCUACACUUGCUACACUUGUUUUAGAUUUGAUACUCAUUUUCAUUCUUCUACGGAUAUUAUUAAGUGUCAUUGACUCACAUUAGAUUAUAUAAAUUAUAUUUCUUUUGAUUACAAUAUUCUAUUAUAAUUUCUCUUCUAUUCAACAUAGUAUUUUAUAUGUUAAAUGUUCUCUUUCAAAAAAAUAACAAGCCCAACUCAUUUGUUGUAAAAUUAUUUAUCCAAUUUUCUAUCUCAUUUCUUAGAAAAUUCAUUUUAAUUUUUGUUUUAAAAGGGGCAGUAAAUAUCUACGGACUAACACAACUGGUCGCCAUUUAGAGUCGUCUCUUGCGAUCUGGGCGCGUAGCCAAUCGUUAACGCUCCGUAGCGUAUCGUAGUCAUCUCUCUCUAUGACUUUUCUACACUAGUGCGACAGUGACAGUUGCGUAUCAUUCGCUACGGCGCGUUAACGAUUGCAGGGUGCGUACCCUGUUGUGCUAGGCCCUCGACAGCCUACGAUGGUUUCGUCACUUUCGUUCUUCGCUUGUUAAAAACAAGAUAGAAUUCGUAUUUCUGUGAUGCUCCAGUAUACCAAGUGAUAGGCGUAGCUGCCUUAUGCUUACGUUAUGUAAGUGGACGCCGAUUGCUUCGCACGCCGAGUGCCGUUGCUGUGGCAGGCGAGAUUGUCCCGCGGAGGCGUAGUCAAUGAUCUCUGUUCGUGCACUCGCGUGCCACGUGCACAUUAUAAUAAUUAUAUUCAAUACAUAUGAUAUGUUAUUUACUCGCGACCCGCGUUCUACGCACGCUCAUUUGCCUCACAUUCUUUUGAUUUCUACUACUAAGUCUUUAUACCGGAGUUUUGGGGUUUAUUUUAUAAGUAUAUUAACUGAUGGAAUGUUAACAUAAAGUUUGUAACUAGAUCAUACAAAUUGGAUGUAUGUAGUCGUAUUAACUUGACUUACUUAGUUUGUAUAUGGGGCGCAUCUGACGCGGCAUAGCAACAGCGUUUACUGUCCAUUGUGGUUCUGUGAUUUAACUCAUUAUUAUAUUAGUUCUUUGCAAACUGAUUAUUGUAAAUUUUGGGUUGUUGCAAUAAAAAAAAUUGUUUAUGAAAUUCCAUAUAUGCUAAGCAUCUGGAUGAGGUCAUGCCCCGUGUAUAUGUAUAUUUAGUCGUAGUAUGGUUUCAUCAUAACGCCUGUAUCGUAGUGCAUGGAUUAUGCUCCGUUUGGUAUAAUUAUUUUGACAAUAAUUUAUUAUCCUAUUCGACUUAUUACAAUGUACAAACACACUAGUGUGGGUUGAUUAUGGUCUUAUGUUUCAUUAUAUAAUUUUUUAAGUCGUAAGUUUUGGUUGCACUGCUGCGGCGGCUCGUGCGUGCCGUGCGUGUCGUGCGUGCCGUGCGUGGCACAUGCGUGCCGUGCGUGCCGCGCGUCCGCCGCGGCACUUCCUCUGUGAUCGCCUCGUGUAGCGUUAGCGGUGAAACUGUAUCCUAGGAUUACGUUUGAUUUUAAUAAUUUCAUGUAACAAUUAACUGUGAGUACCUCAGGGUACGAGCCGAGAGCUAACUCUGUACAAUUAUGGGUAUUUUUACGUUUUAAUUUAGCGUUAGGGGCUUGUUCAACACGAGUUGAAAUGUUUUAACAUGUUUUGAAUUCGAUAAUGGGAAAUCAGGGAUCAGUACUGAUGUUGCUUAAUUUUAUCUUCAAUAAUCACAUAGUUAUUAUAGAGCAAAUGUAAAUAAACAUCCAGAUAUCCCUUUUUAUUUUAUUUUUAUUUUAUCCCGCACCCGGUCCUUUCCGUUGCGUCCUUGUCCGGGACGGUCCGCCGGCCCGUGUGCGCAUUCGCAUUAGUUUAUUCGUAUUAGCUCGUGCUGUGACGUCACACACCACUACACCACUUGUAACCGGCCGCCGGUUUCACAAACACGAUUGUGACAAUGCUCCACGAGCCCAAUAAAACAACAGUACAUCCCACAUUUGUCGCUUGUUUGUGAAAUGGAUGGCUGACGAACAAGCAGAGCAGCACUACCUUAUAUUGUAUAGGUUCCGCAGAAACCUUCCAGCCUCUCGUAGCUAGUGACGUUUCACAGCAUGGCUUACUAUAGUCAAUAGAAUGGCGGGCGACGCCAUAGAGCUGCUGUCUCGACAAUAACCCAGUGUCAGACAAUAAUCAUUCUUAUUAUUUGCCGGUUAGAAUACUUUAGUUCGCCCUUUAUUAGUGUCCAUAUUAUAUCAAUGUUUAUAGGUACUUUAAUAUCUAGGGUUCAUAGUUGCCUAGUGUUCCGCUAAGAUUUCCAAAUAAAUGGCUAGAUGUAGUGCCUGUUUUGAAACCGUAGAAUGGUUUAACUAAGUUUCCUUUUAUUUGGUUUAAGGAUUGUGUAAUUGUUUAUUAGUUUUAAACCAUAAUACCUUUCUCAUUAUGUGUAUUAGACGUGAAUGUCGGCAUUUCUUCAUAUACAUAUACUUGAGUCUAAAUGUCGGCAAAGCCCACCUUUGUAUAUUUAAUUUUUGUAUGUUUAAUAAAAUAGUAUAUUAAUCUGAAAUGUAACUACAUAGUAUCGUAUGAUUCAUAUCAUUUGAGGAUAAAGUAUUACCUCAAAUUAAUGAUAUUUUAAAAGCAUUACUUCUGCGAUUUACAAGUUAGUAUCACAACGAAAGGUUUAAAUUAAAAGAUAGAUGUAUAAUUUAUUGUGGUAGACAACCCCUAGCGUAGUGGAAGUAUUAUAUUCUGUGGUAAACGUAAUGAGUGGGCGUGAGAGGUAGCGUAGGUACUCGUAGCUGCAACUUCGUGUAGUUCGUUAACUUUAAACGUUCGUCUCAACCGACUGAUGACCUCAUUACUUGAUGGCAUGCCAUUACAUAAUACCGCAACUUUCUAUCCGAACGUUAAUACGCACGUUUUAAAUAAAUAACUAUUUAUUACUUAAGUAAACGGAACGCUUAAAGACCGCUGCGUUGUUCGAAUAAGGUUUUUGCAAUUUUAAAUCGUCUUAAUGUCUCAAUGUACGCACUUUUGACGAUCUUUCAUAUAAUGGUUAGGAUAGUUGAAUUUGUACGUAACGUUGUUAGUCCACGGCGCCUGAACGCGCGAGCAGGCAACUCCUCUCAAAGGGUGGUGGGAACAACUCAAUACUGGAACUUAUUCUAAGGUCUCCCUGGUAAUACAGAAGUCUGAGUCGCACGUUAUACUCUAGCUAGUGCUCUAGUGCUGCUACUAGGCUCUAUUUUAGCAUUUGUACAUUGAUUCGAUAUAUCUACCUAAUGUGUGUGAUAAUAAUAAUAAGCUUUUCAACUAGUUGAAGUACAAUGAAUUCUAUAAUUAACUUAUAGGCCAAUGUUUAUAAACAUUAUUUUUACACUAUCUAAAGUAAAUGUGAUUUUGUCUGUAGGUUAGUUUGUAAAGUUUUAGAUGGCUGCAGUCCAGUGCGUCGGUUUCUUUUCGCAGCAUAAAAAAACGGCCGUCCGGCCGGUUUCAGUUUUAACAAACUUAUCAAAGUGAUUUAAGUGUCAGCGCGAACAGUGACGUCAAUUGUAUGUGGAAGAUGUACCAAUCUGUACCAUGAAUAUCGCCCAGCUUUAAACUGUCGUAUAACUUAGACGAUGUUAGUAUAUUUGUACGUAGUCUGUGGAACGCUCUCGCUAAUGUUUUGCCGUCCAUUCUUAUACGCGGCGAACGCUGGACUGCUUUUAAUGUUCGACGUAACGUAAUAUUCAUUCUAUAAUCGCAUACUUCGACACCAAACCGACUUAUUAAAAAUAUAAAUGUCUAAAAUAAUUGUAUAAUUAUCUAGAGCUUAUAGAGUGAGUAGGGCCGUCUGUUCGGUCUCGUUUCUGCUGCGAACUGUCGUCUUACAAAAUAAUUCCCGGUAGUUAUCAGCAGCGAGGAGGCUUUUAAGAAGGGAUAAACUAGUGGUAGCCAGCUUCUUAGGGUAUUCUUUAUCCAAAAUUUGUCUAAGCUAUGGGUGUAGUGUUCGGCGUAGGAUACUAUCUCGCGAACGCGCGGACGACUAUAGUCGAUAAGCACACGCUUCGAUUAUAGGUACCUUUGUAAUUUAAUAGGCCAAAUUGGAUAGGUUUAAUUGAAAUUACAAACAUUUUUUAAGGUGAGGCUAACUAUAGUAAAGAAAUCUUUUAGUUUCAAGAAAUGAAUUCUACGUCUCAAAUUUUUAAGAAUGUGUCUGGCUAGUCGCUCGCGCGAUCGUGCCUUCAACAAAUUUAGAUGGCACCAAUUUCUAGAUUUCUUAAAUAGAUAAUAAAAUUAUUUUACAUACAAUGUGAUUUCGAUGUCCAAAGUUAAUCGAGAUUUGCUGUCUUUAUUACUCUACUACUUUAACGGCCGGGGAUCCAUUCUGAACUUCCACAACUGUAGUAUAUUAACUUUAAGUAUAUUAUUUGUAUACCCGUGAUAAAGGUAUCUUCAUAUUGAGCUGGAGUGUGGGCGUUCAGGAGGGACUCCCGCGAUACUUCUAGUAAUCAGUGUUUCGGUGUAGCCGAUGUCGGCCGUACGGCAUACCUAACUAUUUAUGCUAGACUAUAGUCCCAAAAAACGUAGAAUUAUGACCAAAUUAGCAAGUGAUUUAAAUGUAUCUUCAUACACAAAUAUUAUAAUGUUAUGAUACGAUUUAGUAUAGCACCGGUUACCGGGGACAUGAAAGUACAAAUUUAACGCGCCCCCCGCGGUCACGCUUGUUGUCGGCGGUGACUUCUGGCGCGAUUUCAACACAAAAUUAACCACUGAUGGUGAUUAGUCAGUGGUUAGCCCUUGUGCCAGAGGUUGUCAUCGGAAUAGGAACUCCGAGCUAAAUGUAUGGGCUCUUUCCGAAAAAUCACCUAGGGGCCGAUUUCUGAAUUUCGAGCGCUCGAUUUAGUCAAUAGAAAGUGUGGAAAACGGCGAAUUGAUAAUUUUGAAAUACUAGCAAUAGAUAUUGGGAAUCUAGUGGUAUUGAUCACUCGUUUUCAAUUCUAUUACUUAGUAAAAUUUAAAUGCCUAAUAGUGGAGAUAUAUUGAAGGGAAAAUCACAAAAUUGAGCGCUCGAAAUUUAAAAAUCGGGCCAUGCCCUCCAAUUUCAAUAAGUGCUCCACUAAUUCCUUAUCGUACUUUUACUUAUACUUUUUUUAGUGCAUAUAUUUAAAUUUUUAGUACCUAAGCUUUGUAAUUUAAUCACAGGCAAGAAAAAUUAUAUCCAGAACCACUAUAUGGUUAGUAACUUGUGGUUGGAGCAAUGCAUAGAUCUCGGAGUCUCUUUUUCGUUUCGGACACUUCUCGAACUCUCAGAGAAUGAUGUUUCAAUACAAAUCGUUUCUAAGAACAUAUUUCAAACGUUAAUAAAUGUUGUACUUAAUAUAAAGUAGCGGUUACAGAUUAUUUUACGAUUUUCACAUUUUUUUGAGCAUUGAAAGACUAAUACCUAACCUUAAAGUGCGUUCAUAUUACUUGUCUUAUUUAUUUAGCAUGGCAACAUCAACUAACUGGUAAGUUUUAAACUUAGUUGCUCAGUUGGAAUUUCUUUUUUGAGAAUUUUUAAUCAAAAUUAGUUUUUUUUUUCUUAAGUAUAGAAUAAGACAAGUAAGUGUGAGCGCAAUAUGUAUUGAGAUAAUCACUUUAUUAUAUUAGAUUCGUGGUAGCAUAGCUAAAUAUCGGUGACAGGAUCACGUUUUCGAAUUAAAUCGUAAUUUUAUAACAAUUGAUGUGCCUAAGUGUAAUAUUCUAUAAAUGUAAAUAAUUAAAUACUUAGUUACUGUAUGAGUGCAUAUUACUAAUUACUAGAGGCAGAGGCGUUCCGAUAUCAAUAUAUUUGUGGCUCUGGCCCUCUACCCAACUUGUAAUGUUUUGAGACAAUAACUCGUCUUUUCGAUUAUAACUGUUGCUUUAAUGUAAAUCGUAUAAAAUAACGGCCACCGAUGUAGCAUUGCGGAAAAUAUACUUAAAUAGAUAACUGUGCUUUCAAAUUAUCGGCGUUUUCAUAUAAAACUAAAUAAUGCUACGUCGAGGUCGUAUAUUAGUAAAGUUUUAAUCAAAAUUAUUCAUAUUUUUAAAAUUGGCUACGAUAUGAUAUCGACCCUCGUUUUAACCUUACUGCUACUCUUUGUCACUAAUGUUGUACUGACUAGCAUGUAUUUCGUUAAUCAAUUAAGUAUAUCUUUAAUAUUAUUUCCAAAAGUAAUGGCUGGAGUUAUUAAAAAAAAAAUUAGAACCGUAAACUCAGGUAACUAGUCCAUAACUUACUAUUCCAAAUUCUAGUUCCAGUAAAAUAUGUAUAAGUAUUUUUCAAAUUAUGUUGAGUUGAGUAUCUAGUAUAGAAAAAGCAUUAGUGUAUUAUCUAAGCUCCAAAAUAAAUGUAACGAGUACAAAUCAUAAAGGCUCCUUAAUAAUCAACGUUAAAAACUGGACCAUAGUUGUCUAAGAUAAGACUAAGAACAAAUUAAAUUACUUUCUUAUGAAAAUAUUUUAAUUUGUGUUUUUUUACAAGUAGUUGCACUACUAUUUAAACUAUAAGCGAAAUAAAUAUCAUAUCAAAAAAGGAAAAACAAAAACUGGACACUUGACUGGACUGGUGGGCACUGCAGGCCUUGGUCAUUUUUCCUUUGUAUAUGAUAUUUAUUUCGUUUGUAUUUAUAAGAGUAACUGGUACCUGAGUUUACGGAACUUAUUUUCCUUUAGGCAGGUACCUAUUUUUUCCCCAUAGAACAACAACAGUAGCUGGCAACACUGACAGUGAAAUGUGAUGUGCUGCCAAAGUUUAUCUGUGUUCUGUCAUUUCAUUGUUGGUUUUUAUAAUGAUUAUAAAUUGAAGAGCUUUUUAAAAGGUUGAAUUGAAUCAUGUAGAAAUUUCCCUCCAGUACUUUUAGGAAUAAUAUCUAAACUAACUGAAUAUUUCUACCUGAAUUUAACUUUUUCCACGUAUUGGACACGUAGCUCCGUCAAACACUAGUUUAGAUAUUUUUAAAUUGUUACAGCACACAGAACGACCUUUCCAUUUAAUCGAGAAAUUUUAGUCACCGUUUCAUUGGGGUAUUUAUGUACCAAUAGAUUUAUAAGAAUCGGUACCUUUGUAGUAUAUAGCGCCAGUGCCGCGCUUGGGUGUACUACCGCCGUGGUAAAGAGGUACAAGUCAUUAAAAUCCAAAAUAUGAAAAAGGUAAAAUUUUAACUAACAAAUUGGCAACACCUGACGCCAAAUUUUUGGAAUUGUCAGUGUUGCCAAUGUAAGAUUUUUCUCCUUAAAUUGCCAUGCAAGACCAUCUUUACUUUAAUUUUUAUCCAUUUUGGUUGAUUUAUGACUUGUACAGUUUACCAACUGGGGUAUAUUUAUAGAUAACGUGUAUCUCUGUAUUGUAUCACCCAUAACCGCAGUGUACACGAUCGAUGGGUAAUGGGUAGUUGUGUAGACUUGAUUGUGAUAUCAGUAAACAUUUUCAUACGAGCAUCCAA